AAGGCAUUUAUAGAGCCCACCACCCUGUCUAUUUAUUAUUCUAGCCGUCUUGAAAGAUGGCUGGCGUUGAAGAUGAAGUUGUUUUAUCACAAAAUUCCAACGUAGAUGAAUCAGAUUGGGUUCCUUUAAAGUUAACACUUGUAGAAUAUCCUAGAGGAGAUUGGUUGGGAAAGUUUCUUGCAUUAACUAGUCUAUCACCAUUUGGAAUCCUAUCUGGCUUUGUAGCUCUGAUUCUCUUCAGGAGGGAUAUUCAUACUGUUGUCUUCUUUUUUGGUACUGUGCUAAAUGAGCUGCUUAAUCAGGUACUCAAGUAUGCGAUUUGUGAGCCGCGUCCGAUCCAAAGGAACUAUAUCUACCAGGAAUAUGGCAUGCCAUCUGCCCACUCUCAGUUCAUGUGGUUUUUUGCCACAUAUGUCAUAUACUUCGUCUUUAUUAGAUUACAUCAUAUGAAUAACAACACCACAUUAGAAAAUGUGUGGAAAACUGUGAUAGUAACUUCUUGUGUGUUUCUGGCAACUAUAGUUUCCGUAAGCAGGGUCUAUUUGCAAUAUCAUACGUGGCGGCAAGUAUUCUGUGGCGCUGUUGUUGGCUUCCUAUUUGGUUCUUUGUGGUUUGCUGCCACUUACUUCCUUUUCACACCUUUCUUCCCUAUUGUGGUGUCAUGGAGAAUAUCUGAACUCCUGCUAUUGAGAGAUACCACCCUAAUACCAAACGUGCUGUGGUUCGAAUACAAGAACACAAGACAAGAGGCCCGUCUUCGCGGCAGGAAACUGGUCUCUAUGAAAUCCCAAUGACAGCUCACUGAUGUCUACAGCCUCUUCCACUUCUAUUGGCCUCGAAAACGGUAGCAGUACUGCCGUUUAAUGUUGAGACAAAUUAAGUGCCGAUCAAAAACUUAUUUCAUCCUAAAAACCCAUUGAUCGUCCACACUAUGUUCAUAGUGCAUCAGUGUACAUACAAUUUCAGCAAUAUCUUCAAAGGUUCUUCGAUCUUUAUUUCUUGUCUGCAUGAUUCAUGACAUUUAAAUGGAUAUUGAUACCAUCCACUAAAUGACCUAAAAAGUGCUGAUUGUGUAACGUACAACCUUCCUUGACCAAGGCAAGCUAGUUAAAUGAAUAAAGUAAAAAUAUCUCAUUAAUCUUGUAUCUUGCAAUCAUCCCUAUGCUGACUGACCCCUUUGACUCAUUUAUAACUAAAUCACUCAUCUCAUUGAAGUGCUUUUUAUUGAACUGGAAAAAAUUGUGUACAAUCCUAGAUCAAUUAGCUUUUUAUUAUGAUCUCGUCGAAUCAACUCUGUGUGAUUUGAUAAAUUUAUUAUAAUUUUGUAUGGAAACUUAAAUGUAGCAUUUUUAUCUUUAUACAGUAUAUUUGAAAUUAAUAUUUAAUGGUGGAACUUUGAUAAAAUAAAAUCUAUGUUAAAAACUA